AUGAAUACAAAUGAUGAUGAUAAACAUUUCAGUGCAAUGUUUUUAGAUGAUGAUGUAUCAUCCAAUUCCCAGAACUGUCCAUGUGCUCAAGGUGGUAGCUGUACCUGCCGUGGCAACUGCAAAUGCAAAGACUGUAAAUGUACCUCCUGCCAAAAGAGCUGCUGCUCUUGUUGUCCUUCUGGGUGCAGUAAAUGUGGAAGUGGAUGUGUCUGAAUGGU